AUAAUACGUCAAAUCAGGAAUCAGGCUUCAAGCAAGUGGGUCUUUUGCGUAUUGCUGCAGAUUUUUUUUUAUAAAAUAACUAUCAAGUUCGCGACCUACGAGAAGAUGGCAUUGAGCUUCAAAUGUUUCUUUCUACCGAACUGAAGAUCUCACGGUCCAAACUUAGCUAUUGCGCAUCUUAAUUCUUAUUCUUUGAUGAAUAACAUAUUAAAAUGGAUGACUUAGAGCAGCUUGUACCAUCAACAGCAAGGGAGGACAGCGAUGGCGAAGAAGAAAACAAUGCUCCUGUUUUACCAACCCAUCAACGACCAUCCAUCAACGCGAGUAACAUUAUGGAACAAUCCUGGUGCAGCGUGAGACAAAGAGUAUUUGGGGCCGCUUCCAAUAUCCAGGGCACUCACGAAAUAAACGAAAAUAUUGCCCCUCAAUAUGAGAGCUUGGAUUAUGAUAUUUGCGAAAACACGCUGAUGCGGAGAGAAGAGGAUUCCAAAGGAGACAAGUUUGUGUUCAGAAAGAGAAUCGCGAGGUGGUUUGUAUUCCUGCUGAUCGGCGUCGUGACCGCUUUAAUCGCGUGUUGCAUAGACAUCGCCAUAGAAGAGCUAUCCAGUAUUAAGUUUCGAUUUUUGAAAUAUUACGUGGACCUUUGCAUGAAUGAUCGAUGCAUGUACAUACCCCACCUGUACUGGGUCGCCACCAACAUUGUUCCUGUGCUCAUCGGCACCAUCCUAGUUACCUACGUAGAGCCUGUUGCUGCUGGAAGUGGGAUUCCGCAAGUCAAAUGCUACCUGAACGGAGUGAAAGUACCACGAAUUGUCCGAAUCAAAACCCUGCUAGUCAAGUCGAUUGGAGUGACAUGCUCUGUAUUGGGAGGACUUGCAGUUGGAAAGGAAGGGCCAAUGAUCCACUCUGGAGCUGUGGUCGCCGCAGGAAUAUCUCAAGGAAAGACGACGUCGCUGUCCAAAGACUUCCACUUUUUCAACUACUUCAGAGAAGACCACGAGAAGAGGGACUUUGUGUCCGGUGGAGCGGCCGCUGGGGUCGCCGCGGCCUUCGGUGCACCAAUGGGCGGCGUUCUCUUCAGUUUGGAGGAGGGAAGCAGCUUCUGGAACCAAAGCUUAACUUGGCGUAUUUUUUUCGCCUCCAUGAUUUCGACUUUUACUCUCAACGUGAUACUCAGCGCUUACCAUGGAUUCCCUGGACAACUGACAUACUCUGGCUUGCUCAACUUUGGAGCUUUUCCCAAUAUAUCCUACGAGUUUUUUGAAAUUCCGCUUUUUGUGCUGAUGGGAGUGCUUGGCGGGAUACUGGGUGCGCUCUUCAACCAUGUGAAUUUGAAGCUCACGCUGUUCAGAAUGAAGUACAUCACUAAAAAGUGGCUCAAAGUAGUGGAGGUGCUGGUCGUGUCUUCCGUCAGUGCCACAGUCGCGUUUGCCAUGAUCAUGCUGAUUGAUGACUGCAGACCUUUGGGUCAGGACCCCACAAAAUUUCCUGUCCAGCUCUACUGUGGAGACGGCGAGUACAGCGCGGUGGCGUCGAUCUGGUUUCAAAACCCUGAGGCCAGUGUUCGUUCCCUGUUCCACGAUCCGCCCGGCUCGCACAACCCUUGCACCGUCGGAGUGUUCUUUGUCAUCUACUUUGCGCUCUCAUGCUGGACGUACGGGCUGAGCGUGUCCAGCGGCCUCUUCAUUCCUUCCCUCUUGACUGGUGCCGCUUGGGGCAGGCUGGCCGGAAUGUUCCUCGAGUAUCUCUUCCCUAAUGCGGCUUGGACCAAUCCAGGGAAAUAUGCUCUGAUUGGAGCCGCUUCCCAGCUAGGAGGCAACGUCCGAAUGACAAUUAGUCUGACUGUGAUCCUGAUUGAGGCGACUGCAAACAUCACUUUUGGCCUUCCGCUCAUGAUAACCUUAAUCACGGCCAAGUGGAUUGGAGAUUUGUUUAAUGAGGGAAUUUAUGACUUGCAUAUCCACUUGUCGGGAGUGCCCAUUCUCGGUUGGGAACCACCACAGCUGUCGCACAACAUUUUUGCGAGCCAAUUCAUGAGCUUUCCAGUAGUGAAGUUCAACUGCAUUGAGUCUGUGGCGCGGAUUGUCGACACUCUCCGAGACACAAUCCACAGUGGCUUUCCUGUGGUAACUUCGGUUCACGACCCUCGCAAUCAGCAAACAGAGGCAGGGUCCAAACUUUGCGGACUUAUUUUGCGAUCUCAACUCAUCGUCAUUCUCCAGAACAAGAUAUUUGUCGAGAACAAAGAGGAGUGGAUGGGAAAAUCGAUCACUUUGAAGUUAUUUAGAGAUGCUUAUCCAAGAUACCCGAAAAUUGAGCAAAUUUAUGUUUCUGAGCUUGAGCGGAGUUACACCGUUGAUCUGAGAAAUUUUAUGAACCCUACUCCAUACACAGUUCCUUUGGCCGCCUCUCUUCCCCGCGUGUUCAAGCUUUUCCGUGGCUUGGGAUUGCGCCACUUGCCAGUUCUGGAUAAUCGAUUUGAGCUUGUUGGUAUUGUAACAAGGAAGGACCUGGCCAAGUAUGGAACCCACCACUAAAUUUAAUGACACACUUCCAACUCUUCCAUGCAAUCACGAUGCGACUUACUAGUUUUAGCUCACUGGUUAAAUUGAUUCUUAUUUUCAAUUUAAAUCAUUUACAAUGUAAUCAAUAGCAACCAUGUUAAAAAUACAUAAUAAAAUUUAUUAAAAAAUUGUUUACAAAA